AUGUUUAGGUCUACCAAAAGAAGAACUGCCGGCCGUAGGAAUUUCGAGGAGAUUGCCAGCUAUGGCUCGGGCGCGUCAAAUGUCAAGUCCGGGUUAUAUUCUCAACGUCUUUCAUUCUAUGACAUUCCACCUCUAGAAGAAAUAACAUUGGAAGAGUUUGAGAUGUGGGCCAUCGACAGACUCAAGAUUCUUAUCGAGAUCGAGUCAGGCACUGCCAGAGGCAAGCUGGCACGAGAAAUCGAAAGUUCGAUCAAGCCAAUGUUGAUGAAAUAUUUACCACUCAACAGUUCUGGAAACGACAUGUUGAACGAAAGACGCAAAGACCACUACUCCCAUUAUAUAUUGCGCCUUGUAUUCUGCAGAAAUGAAGAAUUACGCAAGAAGUUUAUCAAGAACGAAACGCUUUUGUUUAAAGCGCGCUACAAUGCUCUUCAACCUAAAGAGCAACACGAGUUUAUUAAUCAUUACCACGACAAAUUGAACUGGAAGUAUAUAGACAAGGACGAGAAAAAUGCUCUUUUCGACGAUUUGUAUGCUGCCACGGGAACAGUGAUACGGACGAUGUUGAUGGUAGACGGAGGAGAAACUAUUAGCAACGACCAACUCAAGCAACAUAUCAGAGUGAAAGAAAACUUCAUCAAGCUUCCGUUUGAAAAAGUGCCUGCUUUGGUGGCCGGAAGACAGCUUUACUUGAGCAAGGGUGACGUCUAUGUUCCUUCGACUUUACAAUUGAACUUGUUGGCUGUCGAAUUUCAAGAAUCUCUCAACAAACAAUUAAUGCGUACUUUCCAGGCUAUACCCCGUUUAGAGGAAGACGACCGUUUGUUGCCUCUUUUGAACCAUUUGGCAAACAACUUCUCGAGUCUUCAAUUCGAUUCAUAUGAAGCUGAUUCAACACAGGCUUCGGAUAUCCAUGCCGGUUCUAUCACCACGACAGCUAUUACCAAACACUAUCCUUUGUGCGCUACACAUUUGCAGAGAAAUAUGCUGCACAACUCGCACUUGAAGUAUACGGGUCGUCAGCAACUUGGAUUAUUCCUCAAGGGUAUAGGUCUUUCUGUGGACGAAGCGUUGAAGUUCUGGGCCUACCAGUUUACCAAAAACGGCUCCGGCAUGACGAUGGAAAAAUUUAACAAAGAGUACAAGUACAAUAUUCGUCACAGCUACGGUUUGGAAGGUGGCAGAACGAACUACAAGCCAUGGGACUGUGCAACUAUUCUCUCCAAGCCCAAACCAGGCAAGGGAGAGUACCACGGCUGUCCAUACCGAGACUUGAGUGCCGAUUCGCUUGUUUCCAACCUCAACGAGAUGGGAAUUAGUGAUCAGCUGGAAAUCAACACGGUAUUGGAAGACGUGAACAGAAGAGAAUAUACGGUGGCGUGUACGAGAGUGUUCGAGCUUACACACAAAGAGCAGAUGGCCAACCAGAAGAACGCCGAAGGUCUACAUAUCAGUCAUCCAAACUUGUACUUUGAUCGUUCCAGACAGUUGGAAAGAGGUGAGAACAAGACUUCGGUCGCUGAGCUGGUUGCCGUGAACUAA